AUGGCUGAACCAACUACCCGCAUCGUUGAAAGCGACGUCCUGAUCAUCGGCGGCGGCAUGUCCGGCUGCGGGGCGGCAAUCGAGGCCCGCUAUUGGGGCGGCGACGACCUGCGCAUCGUCAUGGUUGACAAGGCGGCCACGGACCGCAGCGGGGCCGUUGGCGAGGGACUUUCCGCGAUCAACAUGUACAUGGGAGGGCGGCACGGUUGGAACCAACCGGAAGAUUACGUGGAGUACGUCCGUAACGACAUGAUGGGCAUCUCCCGUGAGGACCUGGUGUACGACAUAGCCAGGCACGUGGAUAGCAGUGUGCACAUGUUCGAGGAGUGGGGCCUUCCCUUCUGGUACGACGAUGACGGCCUUUACGUGCGCGAGGGGCGCUGGCAGGUCAUGAUCCACGGAGAGGCGUACAAGCCCAUCGUGUCCGAGGCCACCAAAAAGGCGAUUGGUCCUGACAACCACUACGAGCGGGUGUUCAUCUCCCACCUGUUUACCGACGCCGAGGACUCGAACCGGAUUGCCGGGGCGGUUGGGUUCGGUGUGCGCGAGGAUGUCAUCUACGUGUUCAAAGCCCGCUCGGUUAUCAGCGCCGCCGGCGGCGCGACGGCUUUGUUCCGCCCCCGCAGCGUUGGCGAAGGAAUGGGCCGCACGUGGUACUCCAUCUUCGACACUGGGUCGGUGUACGGGUUGGUUAUUCCGGUGGGCGCGGAAAUGACCCAGAUGGAGCACCGUUUCGUCCCCGCCCGGUUCAAGGACUCCUACGGGCCGGUGGGCGCGUGGUCGCAGCUGUUCCGGGCUGACCUGGCCAACGCGGCCGGCGACAAUUAUUUCAUCAACCGGCUGCCUGAGCUGAAGAAGUACGACCCCUACGGGUCGGCGUUCCCCACGCCGACGCCGCUGCGGAACCACCUGCUAUGGACCGAGAUCCAGGCCGGCAACGGGCCGAUCCAGCUCAAGACGCCCGAGGCCAUCGAAGCGCUGGCCGCCGGCGACGAAGGCCGCAAACGGGAAAUCAUCGCGGAGGCAUGGGAAGACUUCCUGGACAUGACGAUCUCUCAGGCCAUUCUCUGGGCGGCGCACAACAUCGCGCCGGAGGAACGCCCAUCCGAGGUGGUGCUGGCCGAGCCCUACAUCAUGGGCAGCCACAGCGGCGAAUCGGGAGCCUGGGUCAGCGGACCGGAAGACGUUGCGCCGGACGGGUAUCAUUGGGGCUACAACAAGAUGACCACGGUGCAGGGCCUGUUCGCCGCCGGCGACGGCGUGGGAGCGUGUCCGCACAAGUUCUCAUCCGGCUCGUUCACCGAGGGACGAUUGGCCGGCAAGUCCGCCGUGAUAUACGCCUCGGACAACCCGGGGCAACCCAAGACGGACGACCGCCAGAUUGAGGAGCUCAAGCAGAAGGUUUGGGCGCCGAUGGUCACCUUCGAGGAAAACCAGUACGCCUCCACCAACCCGGACGUUAAUCCCAACUACCUGCUGCCCCGGCAGGGCUUGUACCGCCUCCAGAAGCUGAUGGAUGAGUAUGUGGCCGGCGUGUCCGCCGGCUUCACGACCAACGAGGCGACGCUGCUGCGAGGCCUGGAAUUGCUGGGCAUGUUCCGGGAGGACCUGGAGAAGCUGGGAGCCCGCAACCGGCACGAAUUGCUGCGCUGCCACGAGCUUAUCCACCGAGCAUGGGUUGGAGAGGCGCACCUGCGCCACAUGCUCCAUCGCAAGGAAACUCGGUGGCCGGGCUUCUACUACCGCAGCGACUACCCCGAAAUGGAUGAGAGCAACUGGAAGGUGUUCGUCAACUCGCGCUACGAUGCCGAGAAGGGCGAGUGGGACGUGUUCACACGCCCCUGUCCGCAGGUGUUCUAG